AUGCACGACCGCAACCCCUACGUCCAAAAACCCGACUUCCGCACCCUCGCCCAAAAAUACCCAAACCUCAGCCCAUACAUAGUAACAACAAAAACCGGCACUCCCGCUCUCGACUUCACCGACCCGCGCGCCCAACGCGAACUGACCUGCGCGCUGCUGUGGGUCGAUUUUGGGAUUAGGUUGGAGAUUCCGUUGGAUACGCUUUGUCCGCCGGUCCCAAAUAGACUCGAUUACAUUCUUAUGAUUGAGGACCUUAUUUUGGAGUCUGGGAAGGGAGACCGGGAGGUGUUUGGGAUCGAUAUUGGAACAGGGGCCUCGUGCAUCUACCCCUUGCUAGCAUGUACACGUAACAAGCAAUGGAAUAUGCUUGCUCUAGAUAUCGAACCCCGAAGCAUCUCCUACGCCCGCGCCAACAUCUCCCGCAAUGGGCUAGAAAAGCGAGUGAAAGUCGUGCUGAACGAGUCAUCGGAUACGCUCUUACCAGCGGAAUUACUCGUCUCCUUCAAAACACAGAUCUACGACUUCCUUCUAACCAAUCCCCCCUUCUACACCUCCCCCUCCCAAAUCGCCGCCUCCCGCUCCGCCAAAAACCUCCCCCCGACUGCCAUCUGCACCGGCGCCUUGAACGAGAUGAUCACAGCCGGGGGCGAGCUGGCGUUCAUAUUGAAGUUGGUGGAGGAAUCGAGGGAGUUGAAGGGGCGGGUGCGUUGGUGGAGCAGUUUGGUGGGAAGGAAGAGUGAUGUGGGCGUGCUUGAGGGGGUGCUUGGGGGAUACAGCGGGGAGGGGUGUGAGUGGAGGGUGAGGAGUGGGAGGAUGGCGAGGACUGUUAGGUGGGUUGUUUUGUGG